CAAUUGGUCAAAUCCAAUCUUGAUCAACAAGAAGCAAAGCAACAACUUUAUCCGAUUCUCAUCUCCCAAUUCGACAAUUCCCAAAUCCAACGCUCAAAAUUCCAUAUCUGUAGCGCUCUCUCCCUCGAGAAAAACCAACGCACCGCAGACAAAUCAACUGCGCUCUUCAUUUCUACUUCCCGACCCACGAAUCAAAUCCAUCUCCUCGAAGAAGAAGAACAAUCCAGGCAUGGCUCCGACCCCCAAAUUUCAUCUGGGUCUAAUCGUUUUGGCCGCGAUUUCUUGGCUUUCUGUGUCAGGAUCCGAUGCUCCUAGUGUCUAUGAAAUCCUCCCCAAAUAUGGGCUCCCCCGUGGCCUUCUGCCUGACUCCGUCACCGACUACACCCUCUCGUCCGAUGGUCGAUUCGCCGUUCAUUUGGCGAAACCCUGUUACGUGAAGUUCGAUUACUUGGUUUACUACGACAAGACCAUCUCCGGAAAGCUCGAAUACGGCUCCAUCACUGAUCUGGACGGUAUCGAGGUCCAGAAACUGUUUCUGUGGUUGAAUGUCAAGGAAAUCAGAGUCGAUUUGCCGCCUUCUGAUAACAUCUACUUCCAGGUCGGGUUUAUCAAUAAGAAGCUCGACAUCGACCAGUUUAUGACCGUCCACUCCUGCAGGGACAAUGGUUUCGGCUCUGCUUUUGCUUCCUGGAAACGGAUUCUUGAGCUCCCAGCGCCCGUGGAUGACGUCCAGAUGCUAAUUACCGAGUAGCUGCUCGUCACUUGUUCAAGUUCUGUAAGUUCUUCUUACUGCAUUAUCUAAAUGAGCAGAAGAAGAAGAAAAAGUUUAGCAGUUUUUAGGCUUCUGGUCUCAGUUUAGACGUCAAAUAUCAAUGUCUAUCUUGGAAGACCUAUGAUAUGACUAUGAUGGUAUGUUAAUAGUGGAUGAGUCUUCAGCUUGAUCCUCAGAAAAAAUGCCUAAAACUUUGGCAUUUGAGGAAGUAUAAACUCCAUGUAUGUGAAUGACAUGUUAUAUUAACUAUAAUGAAUUGCCUACGUCUUGUAGUUUGUUGCUGCCAA